CUUCAAUGGUACGGUGGUGUUAUUAAGAGAUCAAAAGAUGGCCGAGUUGCGUGGCGUGAACUUGCUACAAAAUGAGCUCGAAAGGGCAAAAGAAAGCUUAAAAGAUGUUGAUGAAAAUAUUAAAAAAUUAACAGGAAGGGACCCAACAAUACAACGACCACAGAGACGUGUUUCUCUAGGGAGUUCAGAACCACAAAGUCAAAGGGGUGGCAAAUCUGCAGGAGCUGAGAGAAUAUUCAGUCUUGCGAGGAGAGGGAUCCAGAUCGUGCCGGAUAAUGAUGGGCCCAGGCGAAGAGGGGGAGGAGCAUUUUCAAGGCUUGGGCCUCGCCCAGGAGGACGUGACAGAGGAGGAAGGGGGCAGGACAGUGGGGAUGAGGAGGAUUCCAGACACAGGCCCGCUGUUCAGUCCUCGGUGAUUGCCACCCCAAAAGAAGACAGAAGUCGUCAGAACUCAAUAGAGGAACAAGCAAGAGAUAGGAAAGGUCAAGCUAGAAAUCGUAGAAUGUUUGGCUUACUGUUGGGUACCUUACAGAAAUUCAAAGAUGAGUCAAAAGAAACAAAAGACAAGGAAGAGCAGAGGAUUAAGAUAGAGAAGAAACUUGAAGAGAAGUUUAAACAAGAGAAGGAGGAGAUAAUCAAGGAGAGAAGACAACUCUUCCUUGAAAGAAGGAAAAAACAGUUUCGUAUUCGUCUGAUAGAGCAAAAAAUGGAAAUGGCUCAAAAUGUAAGUUGUUAUCUUAAUUUAUUUAACUUUUUAUGCUCCCCGAAAAAUUUCGGGGGAGCGUAUGGUUGCCGGGUUGUCAGUCCGUAUGUACGUACAUCCCGAAUUUGUGUCCAGCCCAUAUAAUAACUUUGUUAUUUG